AUGCCGCCCCAGAACACCGACACGGCGCAGUGCCUCGUCAUUGUCCCGUGUGCCGCCCCAGCGCCGUGCCUCACCAUUCUGCAGCGCCGUGCAGUUGGUACAAAUGUGGCAGCGUGUAUUGUGUUAGCAUCAGCGCCGACUAAAGCGCCGCCCACCAAGUCCUCUUCCAAAUCUACGCCACCCUCCUCAUCAGCCGACGCGUUCGCAAGUCCUCCUCCAAGGCCAGCCCAGCAGCGCCGGCCACCGCGCCUACGACCACCCCCGCCACCAGUUCCCGCGGCGGCGCCGCCCCGCCCACGCGUCCGCGUCCGCGUCCGCGCCCCCACCAAGGCGGCCGCCCCUGCCCCAGCCACGUCUGCUCCUGUCGCCACUCCCACCCCCUCGCCGCCCGCGCCCGUGGCCGAGGUGCUCGCAGUGGUGCCGACGCCAGAGACCAAGCCUAUGGAGGCCCCCGCCCCGGCGCCCGCCAAGAAGAAGAAGAAGCCGUCAUCUCCGUCCAAGGACAAGAAGAAGAAGGCAGCGUUCGCGCCUGCUCUUGCCAUGGUACCGCCUAGCGUUCUGAGUUCCGUGGAGGGGAAUGAGUGA